UACAUUCGAAUCGUUCAUCGAUUAGUUCACAGUUCGCGCUGAGUAUUAAUUUAGGUGCAAAAAUAAUCAGCAACGAUUGCCAAAUCUGAUUUCUGCACUUUCCAAAUAUGUGAAAAUCUCAAAGUUUAAAAGACUUCCAGCCACUCAGUAUAACCUCUAAACCCGCAGUUACCGACUGAAAAUCAGUAGUAGCGGACUUCCCAAGAAAAGCAUUGUUGAUCCGACGACUGUCACACAGCUGAGAGGAGAGGAGGUGCUCCGCAAGGAAAGCAGCAGCCGUUGGAUGUCGUGAGGAAACCUCGACGACGGGCCAGUGAAAAUGUCGCUGAAGGUCGGCCAGCGGGUCGAAAUCUCGGGCAAGGAUUGCCAGGGUGUGAUCGCCUACAUCGGGCAUCCCUCUUUCGCGGCGGGCAAGUGGAUCGGAGUAAUCCUCGACGAGCCCAAAGGAAGGAACAAUGGCACCAUCAAGGGGCAGUUUUACUUUAAGUGUACGGAGAAUCAUGGAAUGUUUGUGCGCCAGACUCAAUUGAUCUUAAUAGAUGAAUCAGGCAAUCGGACAGAGCCUGCAAGUCCAUCUUCUGCAGCUGCUAGUGGUCCAACAACGCCGGACGAAGCUGGAGCUUCCAGAGCCAGGAGUCGACUUACAAGUGCUGCUGUGCGUCAGAGGAAUCAGCCGACUGCAGUUAGAAGAAAAACGUCACCGGCCAAAGUUGUACAACAAACAGAAAAACUUUCAGGGAUUAUAAAUGUUUGUAUGAUUCCCAGCUCAAGGAUGUCACUCGCAGGUAGCAGAACUCAGCUUGCUGCACCCAGUACGGAGAAUCUUACUGCCUUAGGAAGUUCUGGCCAUGAACGUAAGGAUGGAGGAGAAUCUCACAUUCCAGCACCAACAAGCACCAAACGUGCUUCGUUCGUCGAGAAAACCCCUAGCACGAGCUCGCCCCCAGGCAAAAAGCCAAAGGCCCCUGGUGAUCACGACAAUACUGGUUUUGUGGAAACUCUGAAACCACAAUUUGUUCCUGGCCAAGCAAUGGGUCCAAGUACACAGUCUAGCACAAUGGAAGAAAAAUUGACACAUCUGCAACUUGCUCAGGAAAAUGAAAACUUGAAGGCCCAGAUCCGAGAUCUUAGUGAGCGAAUAGAAAUAUUAAGAGUGAAAAGGAUGCAAGAUAAGGAACGAAUGAAAGACUUUGAAAAGUUAAAACUUCAGCUGGAACAGCUUAUAGAGUUCAAGACUAAAGUAAUGGAGAGCCAGGCAAGCCUACAAAGAGAACUGCAAAGAGCUCGACAAGAAGCCAGAGAUGCUCAUGCAGCUCGGGAACAAUACCAAGACGAGAUGGCAGAUUUGGCUGAAACAGUGGAGAUGGCCACACUGGAUAAAGAAAUGGCAGAAGAAAAAGCCGAAACUUUGCAGAUCGAAUUAGAACAAUUGAAAGAGAAGCUUGAAGAGCAGACUAUAGAUUUGGAAAUUCUGCGCAAUGAGAUGUCGGACAAGAUGUCUGGAGGAAGUGCGCCAACUGGAACAUCAAGCUUCGAAGUGAAGCAAUUGGAACAGCAGAACGCUAGACUCCGAGAGACUCUUGUUAGAAUGAGAGAUCUUUCAGCUCACGAGAAACACGAGUUCCAAAAAUUGCAGAAAGAUUUAGAGCAGAAGAAAUCUGAAAUUCUGGAGCUAAGUAGAACUAAGGAGAAGCUAUCUGCUCGCGUUGAAGAAAUGGAACGUCAAAUUGCUGAUCUUCAGGAACAGGUCGAUGCUGCACUGGGUGCUGAGGAAAUGGUUGAGAACCUUGGAGAACGUAAGAUGGCUUUGGAGGAGAAAGUAGCCGAGUUGGAAGAGGCUGUGACAGACCUUGAAGCUUUGCAAGACAUGUCGGAUCAGCUGGCGGAGUCGUCGAAGGAGCUUGAGAUGGAACUUCGCGAGGAGUUGGACAUGGCUCUUGCCGCAGCACGUGACGCCCAGCGUCAGCGAGAUGCGGCACUCGAAACUUUAUCCGAUCGCGAGAUGACGAUAACCAAGUUCCGAGAGCUAACUCAGAAGUUGCAGGAACAAUGCCUCGAGUUACAGCAACGCCUACAGUCGAGCGAGUCCACCAAUGCUGCUGCCAAAGGCGCGGGACAGCAACUCGCCGAAAUCUUGGAUUUCCAAAAGACAUUCGCCGAGACCAGAGCUCAAACUAAAGCGGUAGAUUUAGAAUUGAGACGGCUAGAUGCAGAAGAAGCCCGAAACCAUGUGAGAUAUCUGCUGUCUUUUAUGCCUCUAGCGUUCAUGAAUCGUGGUGGCGAUCACGAUGCGAUUUUGACGCUACUGUUUAUACCGAGAAUGAUUCAAAAAACGGAAAUUGUCAUUUCUCAAGUGCGUGAUAAAUACAAGUCCGUUGACAAAAUCGACAGGGCUACAAUCGUCAAGGGUCAUGCUGUAGCCCAAAGCGCCUUCAGGUCACGUCUCUGUGCUCAUAUGUAUGCCUUGCAAACUGCACUUGGUAGUUUCGAGUCAGCUCUUAGCGUUUGCAGUUCAGACAGUAUGCUGAAAGUCGGUGGUGCCUAUCCGGAGAUGGCUGCGCAAGAAAAAUCCGUGGACUCGUUGAUCGAUUUGGCGAAACGCGAUCAGCUCGACGAGAAUUUGUCGAUGGAAGCUAUCGAGAGGUGCUGCGCCUAUUUCUGCACGAUUUAUGGCAUCUACUUUGGCGAAGAAGAUGUUACGAAUCAAGCUCGACUCGUCGUCAAUGGUACCAGGUGCUUGGGAAGUGCGUGUGAGGUACUGACAACAGAAGCUGCUACUAUCAAGAACCUGAUUGACGGUGAGCAAGGUGAUAUGGGCCUGUUAUGUCAGCACAUCGAGACCGUUUGCGAGGCUGUGCAGAAUAAUCUGAAGUCGGCACGACGACGCGUGCCGCGAGAAUUUCUCACUGCAGUUUCUCCUAACGAAGCUAAUCUCGGCCUCGACAAAGACUGGUACGAGCAGAUAACCACCUGCUAUCAGCAUGCUACUAAGUUAAUGAGGACACUUCAGGAUCUGACAAAGACUGCACUUCAGACCAUUUUGACCAGCGGAGAUUUAGAUACGGGUUUGGUUUCUGCGAAACUAAAGGAGAUGGCGGCAAAUUCGACGGAGAAGAUCUACGAUGCCGACGACAUCGGUGCGAUCGCAACAAUCAAAGCUAGUUUGGCUGUGAUUCAAAAGGCGGCUGUGAAUCUUGCUGAGAAGAUGGCUGAGUGCGAAAAUGAGUUGGCCAUGAGCGGCAUAACUCACCGGAAGCAGGAGAAUUUGGAGGAAAAUAGUCCUAUUUUUCUGCGCGCCCAAGCCACACGUAAAGAGCUUGAGGAAACGAAAGUUCUUAGCAGGAAACUUGAGGCGAGAGAUAGCGACAUACGCGAGGCUAAAUUGGCCCUUAGAGAAAAGCAAGAAGAACUGUCCGAGAUGAUCUUGAGAAAAGAAUUGGCUGAAAAACGUCUUGCUACUCAGCAGCACGAGCACGAGCUAACCAUUGAGAAACUUAAGAGAAACUUGGAGGAGGUUCAGACUCAGUUGAGAAGAAAGGAAAAGGAAUUCGAGGAAACCAUGGAUCACCUGCAGACAGAUAUCGACAGUCUAGAAUCAGAAAAGGGCCAGCUCAAGGAGAAGCUGAAGUCUAUCGGCAAAAAAGGAGGCGUUCCUUCCACGCCCGGAGCUGAUGGUGCUGUAAGCAUUAUCAGCACUGGCUCCUCCAUACCUGUGGGUCCUCCUAUGCAAGAGGGUGCGUUGCACGAGAAAAUCCAGGCUUUACGCGAUGCUUUGAAGGAUGAGGCUCGCCAGAAACGUGCACUGCUUAACGAGAAUCUGCAAAAGAAGCUGGAUUCAUUGCCUCCGUUGCCCAAGUUUGACGCUAAGCCCGAAGAAGAUCCAAAGAUCAAGGAGCUGCUGCAGAAGAAGAACGAGCUGAUGAGGGAGGCCAAGAAGCUCACGUUCUUCCCUGUGGUACCAGACUUGACUGGCAAAAAGCUAUUAUUAGCCACUGAACAACCCGUGCUAGAGAAGGCUUUACCUGUCUACAAAUUACUGGAAAGGGAACAACGCCUGAGAACGCUUAAGGAACGCGUUGACGAACUAAGUUCUCAAGUACGCGAGGAGACGAUCAAGCGAACUUACGGCGCACAGGCUCCUGCCCAGUUUGCGGUGUUCCCGGCAAGGCAUAUCGCAGCCGCCAUGAGAGGACUCGCCGAGCCUGUAACCGCUGAGAUCUUGAUACCACACAAGGGCCCUUCACAGGUCAUCAAUAUACCUGUGGGCACGCAAGAGCUGCGAAAUGUGCACAUGCUGCUAUCAUACUAAAGGAGGGGAGAGUGAGAGUUCUUGGUACUGUGUAGCGCAAGUUUACGAAAAGUAUUGCGUGAGAUUAAGUUCUCAAUAAUAAAACAUACGUUAAUACGUAUCAAAACUUUAAAAAUAAAUUUUUUCACAGCUUUUGUAAGAUUAAUUUAUUUAAUUUCACGACUUGAAUUCUCAAGUGAUGGAGUUUUGAUGAGUAUAAGCGUAAUUUAAUUGUAAGUCAUAUUUACACGGAAUCAUAGUAAAGAUAUUAAUCAUUUGCUUUGAGGGAAGAUGAAAGGGCUGCUUUGCUCCAUGCUUUUCUUCAACUGUAUCAUAUAUUAUAAGUAUACAUAUGUGGCGUUAUUUUAUAUUAGCGUAAGUAAUAUUUUGAAAUUUCGAUCGAUCUAAUCAACCCUAAUACAAUAAAUGUGUAAGAUAUUUUAAUUUUUGUACUACGUUAGUAAUGGUCUAGCUGAAAAGUUGUUAUUGGAAUUCAACUUAUUUUAGAAUCCCUGUACAUUUUUCGGCAAAAUAUAUGAUUUUAAAAUAAUAUAAAAAAUGGAAGUAAAUAAAACGACUACGACGCACAAAGCAAUAUGAAAUGAUGUUGUAAUUUGUCAGAAAGGUUGAGGCCAAGGAAAAAUGUAAAGGUUAAAUCGGUCAAAUUUCGAUUAUUUCUUUCGCAUGAAUUGUAUAUACGAUGCAACUGAAUAUAAUGAAAGAAAACUGUGCAAUGAACAUGUUUUUUUACCAUUUCAGUUUUAUUUUCGAUUUUAUUUAUUAUAUAAUUUUUCGCGAUACUACGGCGAUGCAGUUCGAACAAAAGCUUCGCUGUAUCUCGUCGCAGCAUCAGAAAUGCGAUUUUACAACGCGUACAAGAUUUUUUUAUUAAGUCGAUACACCUCGAUAAGCUCGAUGGGAGUGCUUCAGUGAUUGUUCUAACUUCGUUACAGAUCAUUUGUAAAUGUAUUUUCUUUUUGUAUUAACAUUGGUAAUAGUUUCGUUUGUAACUUACGUCACGUUGUACAUAAAUACUGUAUGUUAAUCAUGCAAGAUGUACGGAUAAUAAAACAAUGGUGAUCAAUACUCGA